GGAGUCUGACGAAUCUGUUUACCUUAUGAGGGAUAUGCUUUAUUUGACUGUGACAUGUACAUUCCACGAAAAGAAAGUAAGAAAUGGCAAACAGUCACUUUGGUUUCCAUUAUAUUCCUUUUCUUAACUUAUUCUGUGGUAGGUUGUAGGUGCCUGGCAUCCAGACUUUAUCGCAUGAUAUCUCAACUUGAACUCCACUCUCUUUGGAAAUGAAUGGCGUUUAAACCAAGGUGGCAUGUUAGGCUAAAUGUUUUUGUUUUCGCGCUUGACGCCCCAGGGCAUUAGCCCUUGCAUUGGCCCGAUAGUGGAAUCACAGCUACUGGCUCCCCAUGUUCAGAUGAUAGUAUUUUUUUGUAUUAUACCACUUGUAACCGUGUAACAGUAUUUAUGCCUUUGCAAAGAUGCUGGAGGUUAAGGCAAAACUCUUGAACGUGCGUCUUUUUUUGUGCCCAUAUUAGGUCAAAAAGGCUCCCUGAAUGUGACAAACCUAAUCUCCAUCGGGAGGAGCCUUCCUUCUAUCGUGAUAACUGCGAGGAGCAGACAGAAGUCAUCUGCUACCCCAAACCAGAUGCCUUCAACCCCUGUGAGGACAUCAUGGGUCACACGUACCUACGUGUACUCAUCUGGAUCAUCUGUGUGCUGGCAAUCGUGGGCAACUCUGUGGUGCUGCUGGUCCUCCUGACCAGCCGCUACAAGCUGACUGUGCCUCGCUUCCUUAUGUGCCACUUGGCCUUCGCAGACCUGUGUAUGGGCGUCUACCUAAUGAUCAUUGCCUCCGUGGACAUCCACACUCGAGCGCACUACUACAACUAUGGUAUCGACUGGCAGGAGGGUGUGGGUUGCAAAGCAGCUGGCUUCUUCACAGUGUUUGCAAGCGAGCUGUCCAUCUAUACUUUGACAGUCAUCACGUUGGAGCGGUGGCACACCAUCACCUAUGCCAUGCAGUUAGAGCGCAAACUGCAACUGCGUCACGCAGCCGCUCUGAUGGCGGGUGGCUGGGCGUUCGCCUGGCUGGUAGCGCUGCUCCCGGCACUGGGUCUCUCCAGCAGCUACAAGGAAGUAAGCAUUUGCCUUCCCAUGGACGUGGAGAAAGCCACAUCACAGAUCUACGUGGUGCUGGUUUUGCUGCUUAAUGUGUCCGCCUUCCUUGGCAUGUGCGCCUGCUACCUGGGCAUCUACACCACUGUGCACAACCCCCAUGCCCUCGCCCCCCUCACAAGUGCCUCGGACACGCGGCUGGCCAAGCGCAUGGCUGUGCUCAUUUUCACUGACUUCCUGUGCAUGGCACCCAUCUCCUUCUUCGCCAUCUCCGCGGCCCUCAAGUGGCCACUGAUCACCGUGUCCCACUCCAAGGUGUUGCUCGUGCUCUUCUACCCCAUCAACUCCUGCGCAAACCCCUUCCUCUAUGCCUUUUUCACCAAAACGUUCAAACGGGAUUUCUUUGUGCUGGCCAGUCGCUUUGGCUGCUUUAAAAUGCAGGCGCAGAUCUACCGCACAGAAUCCUCAGUUCAGAAUGGUGUCUGGGUGAACUCGCCUAAGUCCAGUGAAGGCACUAUCUAUUCACUGGUCCACAUGACUUAUAAACACUGACCGUGAAUCCAUCUUGCUAUGCUCCACCCAGAUCACAUGACAAGUGUCAAGAAGGUUAACAGUUUUGGACUUUCAGAUGAAGGGGCUUUCAUCAAGCAAAGGCUGACUUGACUAGUCCAUUUCUCCAAACUUUGACUUUAUCAGCAACUAGACGUUAAUUCAACCUUUCUACAUACACAAUCAAUUUAAGUCAAUGUGUAAAAGUACAGUACAGUCUGGACUGGCCAUGAAAAGAACACUUCCCUCAGAGGGCCUGAGACACAACAUCUGUGCCCAAAGAACAUACAUUGUAUAUCCAAUCCCCAGUGUCCAAUACCCUGUUUUUCUAAUGCAAUUGAAUGUAUUAAUG